AUCAUAUUAGUGGCGGCGGUAGUAUCGACUCAAUUUCAAAACUGAGUGGGGGCAUUGCCGGUGAUGCGACUGUCGAUGUAGACGUUGAUUCCGGGCCCAGUGGGAGCUCGAGUACUCUGCGCGUGCAACGGCCUCGAGGGGUUGGUGGUGCUGUGACUACGAGUGGAGGCAAGAUGGAGAAGUCCUUCAUUAACUUUGUCGCCAAUAACCCGCACUUUGUACCAGGUUUUUCGGGUCAGCAGUUCCUCACCAAUCUGGAUCGGUAUCAGAACACAGCUUCGCACGACCAUUUUACAUCGUUGCCGCCACCUUCGAUACACGGCGAGUACUACACAUCGGGUGCGCCUAGAGACGCGCAACACCGUCGCCAUGGCAACGAAAUGGACGAGUACUUCCAGCCGAACAAACUCACUGGCCCCUACACACACACACAGCAACACACGCAGCCGCUUCGUUCGCAUAUGUCUUCGGAAAGCGUCGAUGAGUCUCUGUAUACAGAGGGUGAGGCACCACAGUUUCAGGAAGGUGGUCAAUUGGGAUACACUCGCACGCACACGGACGACGAAACAGACCCACAUCCAGCCGAUACCGUCAAAGGUGUGGGCGUUGGUCGGAACUUAAAUACCGGGACGAAUACCGGGACGAAUGCUGGCAAGGGAGCACAACAGCACAAUACAGCCCGUGGUGGUGGUGUCGAUAUUAGAGAGGACGAGUGUGUUAGGUACAUCUCCGGAGAGUCCCCAGGGGGACAAGCUGAGAAGUAUGGUUUUUAUAGCACGGCUUCACGUGAACAACGACCUAGUAGAGGUACCAAUGGCAAUGGCGGUGGUCACCAUAGCAACCGGAGCGGGGCCCGUGGUCACCAUGGUAGCGACGGUCUAGGCGCUGAUCGAUGGGCCGAUGAAAGUCACAGCUUAGGCGUACCUGCAUAUCCGUACCAGGGACAAGGUGGAAGGUGUGGUGCCCCGAAUAUCAUAGUGUCUCCGUCUGUUUCCAGGACAGGGUCUAUCAACCUGGGCCAUAUGUCCGGUUCCUCUUACUUGGGACCCAUGUUUGGUUCUCGGUCCAUGAAUAUGGCCAUGUCUAUGUCCAGAUCUGGACUCGGUGUACCCACGAGUCGUGUUGGACGAUAUGGAGGUGAUGAAAGCGACAAAGGAAAAUGGCACAGUAGUUCGUUGAACCGCAAGGAAGCUUUGCAGCUGGCGGAUGAUUACACUAGCAAUGGGGUUAUGCUGAUAGAGGAUAUGCUGUCCCGGUCAUUCUUGUCCACCGCCCUGGAGCACAUCGACGACUUCAGCCCAGGCCACUCGGCAACACAGUCGCAGCCACACACGCCAACUCCCACACCCACCCACAACCCACCACAGUACAACAAACACACAAGCACGCACAGACACGCACAGCAACAACCACCCCGUGAUACAAGUAGCAAUACACAUGGUGGUGAUGCGCACACAUCAACGGAUGUACGAGGACUACCCCCAAGGCGGAAUGAGAGAAUUGAACACAUACCAACGUCACGCGACAGCUACGACCGCCAGGAAUGCGCGCGGGAGUUCCAUAGUGGACAAUUACAUAGGAACCGAGGCGAACAUGAACACCACCACUCUCCGUCGCCACCACCCCCGGACCUACAUGUACAGGCACCUUACUGCCCGCCAACCAACACGCGUCCCGGUAUUGAGGACCCAGGCAAAGCAGGACCGGACACCCACGCGCCCAUACAGACACGUGGGAAAACUUUAGGUGAGCUCGAGCGAUUGCCCACAAGGCCAUUUGAUGGAUCAGCUCCUAUCACUGAGCAUCGACAGCAACAGUAUUACAUAGCCCCCGACGGUAGCAGGACUUUGGUCGAAGGUAACCGCAACCGAGGGGAUGACUAUAGAGACCAGAGUACAUACCCACUUAUAAAUCAGUCAAGGCAAGGUGUGACCAUGCACACAUCACACACAUCACACACAUCGCACACAUCCGCACAACGUGACGAUCGAUUGUCGGGAUAUGAUUCCCCACGCGCACACGAGCUUGAUCAUAACCGGACGUACACAUACGGACAAGAUAGGGGUGCGGACCACGGGCAGGGGCGGGGGCAGAGGGUUGGGAGUCAGCAUGUACGAGAAGUGGGACAGGUGCACGGACAGUUUGGUACACGAGUUGAAAACUUAGAGAGUUCAGGUUUGACCCAGGUGUCUGCGUACGGUCAGGAGUACGGUAGUGGACAAUUAAGGUGGACAAUUCAGGGACACGAACCGGCCGGUGACAGUCGAGACAGAGGAAAUGGGAUAGGGCUGUCGUUUGGAGCGGAUAGUGCGAGCGCGAGUGAGUACAAUGAUGAGGAUGAUGAACCCCCUAACUUGUCGCAUAUCAGCAAUCUGUCACAUAUCAGCAACAUGUCGCAAUGUAGUCAGGUCUCGUUGUCCGAGGCUCAGGGUCGUGAGAGUGGGCCACAGAUGUAUACUAAGGGAACCACACGAACAACCGAACCUACACAGGGACAUACCCGUCCACAAGCGCAAACAUCGGUACAGCCGCAAACGCAGAUGAAUGCACCCAAGGUACAAGCACACGCCAAUCGGCCAUCACACUUUCCUUAUCUGGCGCAUGACCCGUCAAACUACCAGCAUGAGCGCACCAAUGAGCUCACGGGUAUGUUAAACCCUCCGUCUGGUGCCGAAAUAAGGCCUGGUCAUGCGAGAAUAAUACCCACGCCUGAGAUUGGCUCGGAUACUGAGAGCCUGUACAGUUAUAAACUGAAGCUCAGCGCACAGGGCAGUGCUGAUGUGGGGGUCUGUUUCAAUACGUUACCACGGGGAUACACAGAUGAAGGUCCCAACGAAGAUGACGAGGAUAUGGAUGCGCCGCCUACUUUAUCCGAAAUGGGCAGGGAGCGAACUCAACAGACGGCACAGAUUGCCUUUAAGCAUACUUCCGAUAUGAAUAGAAAGCUUGAAGCUGUCGAGACAUCAAAUGCAGAGACGAGCGGUGGGAAAGCUCCACAACUACCUAUGGGGGCAGAGUUAGGCAUGCCGCUGCCAGCUGAUGAACCACAGCGUGGAAGUUCCCCUGGUACAUUGCCACAGGCUGCAAAAGGUACAAUGAAGAACUUGCAGACUUCAUCAGGCUCCAUUCACGACCAUGCUGGCGGUAAUGAAACGCCGACUAUAUCCGAGGGUGAGAGCAGACAUGGACAAGAGCCUGAAUUGGAUGACCCAACUGCGCAUCCUAGACACCAAAUCAGUCCAUCUGGACCGAAGGGAGGCCAAGGCACUUUACUUCAAACACAAGCUGUCGGAACUCAGUCGAAGCAUGAAGUUGGUAGAGGCGGCAAGAAUGAAAUCAGCUCACCACCAAGUUUGUGUGGUAUCAACAGUAGCCAUCCCUGAGAUAGCGGAAUUGAAUAGUGCAAAAGCUUGCAUAUGGGCCUGGCUUUGAUAUUCCUCUAAAUAUGAUUUAGACGUCUCUAGGCUAUACGAUUAUAAACAAGCC